CUUGAAAAACCUUCAAAUUGAUCAUCUCUGCUUCGUACUCCAGCUGGAACACGCUGCCCAUGUACUCCCACGAUCGCCGUUCAUUUUGUGGUGCCCUUGACCUAAGAUCGCUUCACCUGUCUCUCUCUCUCUCUCUCGUGGAGAGAUUCCUUCCUCUCUCGCAACUGCUGCAAGAAGUUCAGCAAAAGCACCAUCGAUUUCAAGGUUCAAGCAUAGCCGGUAAAAGGGCUUCUUAGCUUGCUGCAGGAGUGGUUCGAGAUAGAGAGAAGAGAGAUGGAGAUAGACCUUGGAAACCUCAUGGCCUUCGAGCCUCAACACCAAUUUCCCCCUCAACUUCCCUCCAGGGAAGUAUUGUUGAAAGAGUGCUUGGAUAAGGGAAGGGAGCUCGUCCAGGCUCUUGCUGGUGCCCUAUUCGAGCUUCCGUCUACUCAAGACCCAGAUGGUCCUCUUGUUAAUUUGCCUACUCCUUCUUUUCGUUUACCCAGAGAGAAGCAUCUUCCAAAGCCUAAACCUCCUACAAAAUGGGAACAGUUUGCCCAAAAGAAAGGAAUAAAGAACCGUAAGAAAAGCAAGCUUGCCUUUGAUGAAACAACUCAGAACUGGAAGAGACGCUAUGGUUAUGACCGUGUCGAUGAUGAUAAAGAUGUGCCUAUCAUUGAAGCCAAGGAUACUGAUGAGCCAGGAGUGGAUCCAUUUGCUCAGAGAAAGGCCGAAAAGAAGAAACGUGUUGAGAAGCAAGAGAAGAAUCAGCUGCAGAACCUGAAACAGGCUGCCAAAGUCGGUGCCUUGCCAAGCACUGUGCAAUUGGCUGCAAGAGCACUGCCCAUAACAGGAACUAAGGAGGCCCCUAAGAAGGCUAGCAGAGAUGAACUUGAAAGUGUGGCUGGGUUAGCUGGGACUGCAACAGCAAGUGGUGGGAAGUUUGAUAAGAAGCUUCCAGGUGAGAAGCCCCCAAAGCACCCUGGUAAAUAUCGCAAGUUCCUUCCUGUUGUUGAGGGCAAGGGAAUGGGUAACCAGGAGAGGCAGCAGAGCGAGAAGGUUCUGAGUCAGCUUCUGUCUAAACACUCUCAUGAAAUUCUUGAUGUGAACAAGGCUGUAUCGAUGUUCAAGGUGAAGGAAGAGAAGAAGCGAAAGCAGCGGGACACUUUGUCAACCUCAGCAAAGUCAAAGCCUUCAAAGAGGAAAUCUUUCAAAAAGUCCUCCAAGAAAGCUCGGUAGGCAACUAGUCUCUGCUGAAACAAUGGUUUGCGGGAAUUUUUUAUUGGUCCAACAAAAUGGUAUCAGAGGAAUUGCUGUUUCUGGAGGGCUCAUGAGUGUGGAAGUGGAAGAGUUUCUCUAUGUUAUUGAUCUUGGAAGGCCUAGUGUGAUCGACCCUUUCCAUACCAAGUGGUGCUUGAGAAAAUGUUUUUUCUACCUCAUAAUGCAAGAAACACAGGUUAGUCUUGUGACUGAGUUUAGUUUAAGGUGGUUUUGGAUCCUAGAGAGAGCUUUUAGUGUGGAGCCUUGUUGAAUACUCUUUAUGCUUGAUCACAAGUUCUAAUUUUGCAGAAAAUAAUGAGUUAUUUAUUUGAAAUUUUGGACUGUAUUCAAAUGAGUGAGAUGACCUUAUUGUGGGACAUUAUCCUUCUGAGGCCCCUGGAUUUGUAGCAAAAUUUGAUCAAAGGGUAUGUAUGCCAAUUUGUCUGGUUCUAAGAUAGGAAUAUCUAUAUUCUGUAGUUUUAAGUAGAUUUCAUUCAUAGCAAAUUUUGAAUCAAAGGGCAUAUAUGCCAUUUGUCUGCUUC